UCGGCAGAGCCCGGGCGGGCGGCGGCGGCAGUUGGCGUGCGCGAGCGAGGGGCGAGUGGCAGCGGAGCGAGCGGCGGGCCGCGCCCGGCGAUGAGGCACGAAGCGCCCAUGCAGCUAUCUGAUUUCCUAUUACAUGAAGCAAAUGUAGUUGCUUCUUUGCACACAACGCAUUUAUGGAACAGUGUGUUACAGAGCUACCAUCUCUGAACUGAAGAGCAACAGAAAGAGUGAUCAAGUGUAUGUCUUUUGAUCAUGACAAAAACAACUCAGAGGAGAGUAUGGCAUCUGCUCAAGAUUCCAGAUAUGGCCAGAAAGAUACCUCUGACCAGAACUUUGAUUACAUGUUCAAACUGCUCAUUAUCGGCAACAGCAGUGUUGGGAAAACCUCCUUUUUGUUCCGAUAUGCUGAUGAUUCCUUUACAUCUGCAUUUGUAAGCACAGUCGGGAUCGAUUUCAAAGUAAAAACGGUUUUCAAAAAUGAAAAAAGAAUUAAGCUACAGAUUUGGGACACAGCAGGUCAGGAGAGGUACAGAACAAUUACCACGGCUUACUAUCGGGGUGCAAUGGGCUUCAUUUUAAUGUAUGACAUCACGAAUGAAGAAUCUUUCAAUGCUGUGCAGGAUUGGUCAACUCAAAUCAAAACAUACUCUUGGGAUAAUGCCCAGGUUAUUUUGGUCGGUAACAAAUGUGACAUGGAGGAUGAACGGGUAAUCUUCACUGAGAGAGGCAAACAUUUAGCAGAGCAACUUGGAUUUGAAUUUUUUGAAACAAGUGCCAAGGACAACAUUAAUGUCAAGCAGACGUUUGAGCGACUCGUGGAUAUCAUCUGUGACAAAAUGUCGGAAAGUCUGGAGACAGAUCCCACCAUUGCUGCCAGCAAGCAGAACACACGGCUAAAGGACACCCCUCCUCCACAGCAGCCCAACUGCGGCUGUUAAUGCAGCUAUCAACAAAGGCAGCUCCAGUGUGUUCUGUUGCCAACAGAGUAUUUAUGAAUGGUCUAUAUGCCUUUAUUUAUACUGUCUUAUUAAUUUAUUUGGGAGAAAAGUCUUUUAUUUUACAUCAGCAGCUGGCCAAGUAUACGUAUGGGGAUGGAGAGGCUAUUAGUGUGAAAGGACGAUCCAUUUGUUAGCAUCUGGCUUUUGCAUGCAGGAGGGCUAUUAUUUUCUCUUUUCUUUUUACUGUUUUACAUUACACUUACUUCAGCUGGUGCCAUGUCCUCAGACCACAUUUGCCUAGAAUUGAGUCUUGCUUCAUCAGUUUCAAAUUAUACAGUUGAAUCCUUAGGGUAGUGGCCAAGGUGUUUUAGAAUAAGCUUCCUGAUGCUGCUUACAUUUUCUCCUGACUGUAAAUCAAUUUAGAAAUAUUCCUCUAGUGAGCCAAUCCCUCAUUCUGUCCAGAUCAUUUGUAUAAAGGAUACUUCCUGGAGCAUAUUGCCUUGGCAAAUUUACACUCAUUGUGUUACACAUCAUGGCUGAUUGGAAACUGCAGAAGUUAGAAAAAGGUUAGUUUCUGGAUCCAAAGCCACCAAACUUCCCUGUGAGUUUCCAACUGGAUGUGGGUAUUCGGUGCAGACCGUCAGAGAUACUAGGUACUUCAUCCUGUUUGGGUAGCUAGUAUGUUACAUUUCCAUGGGAGCUGCAUAUCUAUCUAAUACCUUUCUGAAACUGGACUUAAUUUCUCAUUACAUCAUUACAGAGAUCCUGGUAGUACCUACCACAGUACCGGAGGGCUGACUAGCUCUUUCAAUUUCUACCUACGUAAGAUAUUAAACACACAGUUCUAUAUCACCCCUGACGAGCCAAAUCCAUUACGCUCAGAUGUUCAUAGCCAAAAACUGUCUUGUCAUGGUGCUGUCAAACCUGCAUACUUAAGUUUUCAGGAAUUUCAUCUCCCAUUCAGUCACUGAGACAAACAUCACCACACUGGCUACAAAUGCCUGUAUUUUACUCAGAUCUAUUGCAGAAGUGCUGCUAGUAUCAGUGAACUGGAGUUUGACCUUAUUUUUACUUUGAUGAGGAUAUCUAUUUUGACAAGACAAUCAGAAUUUCACAAGAUUUUUAAAAACUUUAGGAGUAAUAAAAAUUUGUCAACAUUUCUAAUGCUAAGCUGAAUACAUUCAUAAUAUCAGCAAAAGGCUGUGAAGAUAGCAGAAUAAAGUACACCGAUUCUUUUUUUUUAUAAAGAGUUAAAAAUAGUCACAUUUCACAGUUUUUAAAAGUACUCCUUUAGUAAUGGGUGGCAGUUUCUUACAUCUGUGCCCUGAAGUACUUUGUACAGCUGCUUUACUUGCGUCACAGUGACAUUUUUUUAACUAAAUGGCAUAAUUGAAGAAGUGUUAACUGUUUUAUUGUUCCAAUUAGACAGAAUUUAGGACAAUUUCUUGAACUGUCUGCAAUGGGGAAAACUGGAAGACAAAUUAAAAAAAGGAAGUAACACACGGUACUGCAAACUGCUCACAACUGCAAAGAAAUCCCUCUACACAUAUUACUUUAUUUGACAGUAAUUUAUGUAACUCCUGAAACACAUUAAAAGAAAAUGGUCACUUUUUUUUUUACUGAUUAAAUAACCUACAUACACUUUGACACAGUAAAAAUUACUUCCAAACAAGGCACAUAGACACAUGUAAAAUGAAUAUGCCACCAGGGUGCUACAUUGGCUGCCUAACUUAAAUGAACAAAUGUUCUUUCUUCAGUCUGGGGUUUUAAACCAUGUCUGUCCUGUUAGCUAGUUUACUUACGCACUUGUUUUCCUAGUCGACAUGGAGACUGGACUUCACUUGUUUACUUCCAUGAAAAGAAAGCGCUGUCCUCUUUGGGGCUGAUGAGCAGCCAGGUGGAAGAGGCAUGUGCUAUCCCAACCAUAACCCUGUCUCUCUCCAGGGAUACUGCUUUUCUCUCCCCCAUCUAAGGCAGCAUGUUGAUAAUUGUGCUGAGAGACUUUCAUUAAUACCUCUUCAUCCACUAGGUACCAGCUGCUUUGGAAAAAGAAGUGAUAAGAAGCUGAGGAAGCUUUGUGUGAGAUGGUGGGCAGUUUCCUGUCCUUUUCUUGUUAUGUGCAGUUUUUCCUGCUGUACAUUAUAUCUCCUGCUGGAGAAAAAGGAGCAGGGAAGCCUUGAGACAGCACUCCGCUUCAGCCCUCAAGUCCUUUAGAAAAGGUUUAGGUUGUAUUAUUCGUCUGAGCCAUCUCAGGCAAGGCAAGGAGAGAAAGGAGGACAUAGUCACCUCUUACAUAAAAUUGGGCAUGUCGUGGAUCAUGCAGCGUGGUGGCUACAAGUGCAAGUAUUCUUCCAGCUUUGUUCUGGGUUGCUUGCUGCAAAAUGGUCAUCUCCUGUGCAUGUUGUAACAAGGAAAAAAGACUCCAAGAUGCCCCUUCCUACAGCCACACUGUGCUUGUACUCCAUUGCAAUGAAUUCCAGACCCUCCCUGCCUCUUUAUGACCAUGUAGACUCUAAUCGGUGGCAAUACAUUAUUAGCAUAUAUCUUUCUAAACAAAUUGAGUGAUAGAUAGAUAAAUAGUUCUUUACUUAAUUAGGAUUAAUUAAUUGCUUUUCAUUUUGCAUCAAGAGUCUGGCAGAAGAGUAACACCAAAAUCAAAGAGGGAGAAUCUCUCCUUCACAUUUCUGAGACAACUAACCUCCCAGGCCUCCAACAUGUCUGACUUUCUGCAUGGGAUGGGGAGGAUGGAGGAAGCAGCUGCCAGAGUAACAUUGCUCAUUAGACUGCCAGCCAGGUGUUACAAGGAAAAGGCUCAUCUGAAGUACAGCAGCAGAACCAGUCAGUAUUUAAAAACUCCUUGUAUCUUUGUAUUGACACUCAGACAUUGUCAUAGAGUUCAGAAUUAGUCUGAUUAAUUUUUAAACUGUUCACACCAAAUCCUUGGAGGUUUUCAAGACCAGACUGGCUAAAGCCCUUGGCAGAGUGCUCAAACCUCUUAGCUGACCCUGCUUGGAGGAGGAGGUUGGGAAUGAUAACCUGCUGAUGUCCCAUCAAACUCAAUUUAUCCUAUCAUCCCUUCCUCUGAAUCUGAAAAUGUGUGGAAGUUCAAGUAGACCAUUUCCUAACAAUCAGGGUUGCCUACUGUUGGAAAAGUAGGCUUUCAUUUUCCAUCACAGGUUGGCUUUUGCAGCCAGAUGUUUCACAGCAAUAUUGAGUUUUCUGCUAUAAAGUUUGGUCACAUUUAGAUCAGGAGCAUCAUGAACUCAAUACCUCUCUCAGCUGGAACCUGGCUAUUGUAGAGGAACACAAAAGACUGAAAGGCUUUUGAGAAGUAACUUACUAUCCCUUCCCCAAACAUUCUAAAAAUUUAAUUUGAAUUCUGAGGGAACUAGCAGGAUUUGGAUUUUCAUUCUAUUUAAAAUUAUGCCUUGCCCUGUUUAUAGGGUAAGAUAUCCAAAAGCAGCCUGUGUCAAUCUAUUUUGGCCCCUUCAAUCUAGUUCAGCUCCUAUUGACUUAUGUGAUAGAACUGCAAUUUUCUUAAAUGCAAAUAGAGUUAGACUGAAGACUUUUGUAAAUCCCAUCCCAACCUGAUCAAGGGCCAAAAUUUAAAUGAUCAAUGGCUUGUUCCUCACGCAUAUCCAAUAGUCACUUAUUAUGAGUCAUUGGAGCAGACAAGCAGGAUUUGGUUAGAUCCCUGAUCUAUCCACUGGGGUAGCACAGUUCUGUCAAGAGAAAGUACUAAGCUAAAAAGCAUUAUAUUUUAGUGACAGAAGAGGGCUGGAUCAUUAAAUUGAAACCUGGGAUAAGAGAUCCAAAACUCCUUUCAGCCUCAUCACAAUUCUUGGUGAAAAUGUACUCACACACUUUGUGCUAAUGUGUUGUCACCCUCAGCACAAAAAUAGGACUGAAUGUCAGGGAGCCUUAUUGGUCCAGCUACAGAUAACCUCUUCAGCUGAGAUUUAGGCCACUUGGUGAGACACAGCAGUUGACACACAGAGCACAUUAAAUUUCUGAGAGACUACAUGCCUUUGGGCAGAGGGUCCUGAGGUCCAUAGUGCCAGCUGAACUAAUACUACACAACCCAUUUUCCAAGUUACGAUCUAGACUUUUAGCAGCAGGCUAAUCCUAUGCAUAGGUAAUGCACCAGCCUUAUCAUGCUCUGACAGUGUUUUACUUGCUGCAUGUUCAAACUAGUGCUCAGAAAAUGCCUUGGGAACACACAAGAAGACGGGAUGUGACUGGUUCCUGCGGUGCCACCUGGCAUCGGUCUGCCAAACAGCUAGCAAGUCCUGCUGGGCUGAACCUUCAGAUGCAUGUUUUUGAUUUUCAUAAGAGUUCAUGUUCACAAGUGUUCUGGUCCUUAUAGUGCAACUAACUUAAUACUGUAUCUUUUUUUUUUUUUGCUGUUGUUGGUUUGUUUAGACCUGUUUGUUUGGUGUUUGAAAUAUAUAGGAGCUAGCCUGAUUUUCUGUCAAAAAAUACUCUUUCUUUCUGAACAGCUGUGUACGUGACUGUUACCUGGAACUGUUUGUUCCUUUGUGCUUAUACUUAAUGUAAUGCCUAGAGAAACUACCUGAGCAACUACAUCUAUGUGGCCUUUCCAGAGCACCAGUCUGAAAGAUUAAGUUUUCUUCCCAGUCUGUUCAGCUCUGUAUAUUCAGCUGUACCACCUGUACCUUCUUUAUUUUAAGAAUGAAGUGCUAUUUCAGGGUGCACAAAAUCUGCUGGAGUUUGAUCCUAAAUUUGAGAAUGCUUUGAGGUUGCUAUUUUUAGGAAAAAAAUAGUGGUACAAAUUCUACAUCUGAUGAUGAUGCCUUUGUUUCUUCAAUAGCAGAUGAAUGAUGCUGCAUUUGCAUUCCAGAAGAAGCCCCCCAUCCCAAAUUCCACCCCCCUACCCCGACCACUCUUUUCUAUAUUUGUUUGUGAGAGGCAAGUUUUAUUACUUGCAUUUUUAAGGGCAUCAACUAAAUUACUGUUCUGCUGAUGGACAGAUUCCUCCUUGGCCUGUUUCAUGUAGACAGACAUGCACUGUAUGAGCCUAGUUCUUCUUUAGGAUGGCAGAUUUAGCAAUGUGACCAUAAGUAUGUAAAUCCUCAUAGAUAAACCCUCAGGGGUGUGUAAAGCAACAUGUCUUCACUUAUGCCAACAGGGGAGUGAGUUGUGUUGAUUUACACCGUUUAUUCCAUAAACAUAGUCUCUUAAUCCAUACACUCAGAUUCUCCAAGGUUCAUCAUUUGUCAAGUCUCAUUUAAAGAGACAACUCGUUUCAAUUAUUUGAAUGAUUUCUACCACUUUUCUUUAUUAAGGGGUAAAUGUAGUUCACCUUUGUAAUUUAAGCUUUUCUUUUCUUUUUUUUUUUUUACUUUGUUUAUUCAUGGAUGUUCAUUGAAGCAGAAAUUGUAACUACACACAUAUAGUAUACACAUACACACAGCAGUACAUCUUUGACACUCAUUCAGUUCCCACUGUUACUUGUUCAUGUUCAGUGCAGCCUUCCCUAAAUGCCACAGUGGAAUUUAUCCAUAAAUUCUCAUUAGCACCAGGUAUCAGCUGGGUUACAUUUCAGACCAUAGGUUUAUUAUCCAUGGUUCCAGCAGAUGCAGAUGGCUUAUCAUUUGUAGAAUAAGGUACCUGGUAUUUGAUUUGGGGUGGGGCGUAGGUGUGGAAGCAAAAGUCCUAAUCUUACAAUAACUUCACGAUCACGUAUAACAUGCAGAAAUGAAAGCUAGAGAUUGCUUACCACUUCGGGCGAUAAAUUUUCUUGAGUAAUUCUGACAUGUACCUGCAACUAGUGUUAAAUGAAAUGUUUGUGCUGUAACUCAUGUUUAAUAUUUUGUCAGUAAUGUCAGAUGUGUUGUGGGUCAGUUGGACUGUCAGAAUGUGUAACCUAUAUACUAGUGUUUGUGGAAUUCAAAUGUCUUAAGUGUUGCAUGAAAAUAUGUUAUAAAAAUAGAUAUGUUUUCUAUUUUUGAAUACCUCAAAACUGAGGAAUCAUGGGCCAAUAAGUGCAAUAUUUAAUUAUUUACUCAGUGUAUAUAAACUUGUGUGAAAGGGAGAAGUGUCACGUAUGUGUGAUAAGCUGUUGAUGAUGCCUGUGUGGCUUAAGAUUUCCGGUAGAUGUACGUGUCUUGUAGUAAAAUUUAUAUAGUAAACACUUUACCAGUGUAGUGUAAGAAUAUUCUUAAGUCAUUUAAACUAUUUUUCAUAUAUGAGACAAUGGUAAAAGAUAUUUGUAUGUUUACUGCAAGUGCAUGUCAAUUUUACUUUUAGAGUUGUGAGUGUCCUUUUUGAAAAUUAUCAUGUUACACCAACACUAGUGGGACAGUGCUUUCAGUCAGAAGAUGCUUGUAAUCAUUUCUAAACUAUCUGCCUAUAUUUUUAAAGCAUGUUCUCUAGAAGCAUUAAAAGAGCCUCCUAGAGCUCAGCAGUUAUGGUGAGUUAUUUUAUUCUUAAAAGUUACAUGCUCUGCCUGCCUGUAUUGCAUAAUAUCACCUGGGCAUGUUUUCUUUAAUCUGAUACAGUUAACUCAUAAUACUUACCUGAAAUAUUAAAUAGGAGUACCCAAUAUUCUUGCAGAUGACUUGGCAAACUUCAGUUGGUGCCCUGAGUUAACAUUUUUGGGAAGAGCUUGAAGGUCACAGUCAAAAUGGUCCAGCACAGUGGAUGGUGACCUUAAUUAGUCACUUCUGCCAAGUUUCUUAACUUUUCUAGAUCCUAAAGAGGGAAGAGACAUCCUUAAAUAUAUUGACCCAGACUCUUCACUCAACUAUUACAUAGCCCUCAGUGUUGAACAACUGCACUGUUAGCAGUAAAGCUGAGGUAUAAAUGGAAACAAUAUGCAGCCCAGAAUCUAACCAUGAAAUUAAAAGGAGACAUCCAAUCAUUUGUUUUUCCUUUCCAGUUAUCCUUGCAUAUUUCUAGUAGUUCUCUAAGCACAUGAGCAAGGCAAUCCCUAUUCAGCAAAACUCUUGGGUACAUCUGAGACCUUAAACCCCGAAUCACUGCUCUGCCACAGGUUCCCAGCUGUGCUGACAGACUCUGCAAAGGAGAAGCUCAUUCUGUUAAUUCUUUCUACAUCUCUGGUUUCAAAGGAAUGUCAUCUGCCUUGGGAAUUUGCUAAAUAGAGAUGGGCCACUGAGUGUGGGCCAAGGGGAGUAACCAGUUCUGCUGAACAGUUUUCAUAAUAAUUUUUUUUCAUUAGUACCACAUUAAAAGGUACAUAAGUAGAUUUUUAGUUUGACCUGAUGCAUUUUUGUGAAAAUGUAUAAGGUUGAUUUAGGUUUAGGGGUUUUUUUUAAAAUCAGCUUGAUCAGGAAAAGAGCAAAAUUCUAAGGCCUACCGGAAACACUAUCAUGGGUUUCCUUUCCUAUAUCAUCAAAUAGUUUCUCUGAGAAAGCAAAGUAGCCAGAUUGCAUUAAGUAGCACAGGACGGUACUUGCAAAGACCUGAACAGCCCUUAAAAUUGUCCCUGUUUUUAUAGCUUCUGCCAUGAAAACUUCUGCAAAAUUACACAGACCAAACUGAAAUUAAAAUGUAUCUGGAGAGAAAUUUGGGAUUGCUUAAUAAAAAAAGGAAAUUCUCAAUAUCUUUGUAGCUGAGCAGCAGACAAAGUAACAGUCAUAAUAUGAGGUACCACUUAAAUACAGAUAUACAGACUGCUACAGGACUGAGGAUGCUUUACCUAAACUUUUUAUUGCUAAAUGACCUGACUGUUCAAGGUCUGGCAGAUAAUUUUACCUAGAAUUUUUAUUAUUCCUCAUAGACAUGCAAUUUCAUACACAAAGAUAAAUGCUUACCUUGAAAAUAUGUAGCUGUUCUGGCUCCCUCAUGCUAACUUGCUUGCUGAAUUGUUCUUGAAGAAAAGUUGAAGUACUUGCUUAGGAUACAUUUGUGAGGGGGUGAGACUCAGUCUGUCCCUCAUCCCCCAACCCUUACUGCAAUAUAGUUACUGUGGUUCUACAAAAAAUGUUAGUUUAAAAUGCUGCUGGGUGACAAAUUUUGUGAAUCUUCUGCAUACAUCCACGGGAGCUCUUGUCUGAAUGUGAAGUACAAGUUUUAUCCACGUGCAGAAUUUUAAUUCUAUGUGGAUGUAGAGACCAUGUGUAUUCCAUUGGAUAUUCUGUUUGUCAUUCUGUAUGUGACUUCUGUAUACCAAGUGGAUUUUUUUUUUGUUUAAUUUUUUGUUGGAAGUUUUUUUUCCUUUUGCGAUUACAAUAAAUAUUCAAGAGACUAUAUUCAUGAA